AUGCCUCACGCAGUAUCUCCGUCGUCCGAAGGGGGCUCAUCGUCAGUGCGAGAAGAUGAGACCAUGUCAGAUGCGCCUGCCCAGGAGGCGGACGUUCAGAACAACGCCCAACCCGACGCGCAGGAUGAUGCAGGCUCGCAAGGACCUGGCGCACUGCCUACAACCACGAAUGCCACCUCAACACGACUAGAAGACAUGUUCGAUGGUGACGACGACGACACCGACGAGUUCUCCUCCAGCGCGCAGUCAAAACCACAAGACAGCUCGCAACCUGCUCCUCGAGCAGCGCCUAAGGCACAGUACUCCGAGCCAGACACGCUCCGACAGUUCUAUCAGCGACUCUUUCCCUUCCGACCGCUGUUCCAAUGGCUGAACCACUCCCCAACACCCCAGCCCGACUUCCAGAACCGUGAAUUUGCCUUCGUCUUGCCCAACGAUGCGUACAUCCGUUACCAAUCAUUCGCCACAGCAGACCUGUUCCGCAAGCAGUGCCUUCAAAUGACGCCAACACGUUUUGAAAUCGGACCACAAUACAGCGUCAACCCGCGCGACCGAAAGACGAUUCGCAAAGCCAGCAGUUUCCGCCCCGUCAUGAAGGAGCUCGUGUUCGAUAUCGACAUGACGGACUACGAUCCUAUCCGUACCUGCUGCUCGAAAGCAGCGAUCUGCCACAAGUGCUGGCAGUUCAUCGUCAUGGCCAUCAAAGUCAUGGACGCCGCAUUACGAGAAGACUUUGGCUUCCAACACAUCCUAUGGGUCUACUCCGGUCGAAGAGGUGCCCACGCGUGGAUCAGCGACAAGCGCGCGCGAGAAAUGGACGAUGCGAAACGGAGAGCAGUGGCCAACUACCUGGAACUGCUCCGCGGAGGCGACCACGGCAAGAAGGGCCUCAAUCUUCGACGACCUCUUCAUCCACACAUCGACCGCAGCCUGAAGCUGCUGAACCCCUACUUCCAGAAGGAAGUCCUCGCAGACCAAGAUCCAUGGGAGUCCCUCCAGCAAGCCGAGAAACUCCUGACUCUCUUACCCGACAAAUCUCUCACCGCCGCCCUGCAAAAGAAAUGGGACAGCACGCCCACCCGCACCUCGAACCAAAGAUGGGCCGACAUCGACAGCGUAGCCGAAGCGGGCAACCUCUCGACCCUCGACGCGAAGAAGCUGGUCGAGGUGAAGCAGGACAUCCGACUGGAAUACACGUACCCGCGCCUCGACGCCGAGGUCUCGAAGAAGCUGAACCAUUUGCUCAAGUCGCCGUUCGUCGUGCACCCGGGCACAGGAAGGGUGUGUGUGCCGAUCGAUGUGCGGAGGUUAGAGGAGUUUGACCCGUUCAAGGUCCCGACUGUGACGGAGUUGCUGCGGGAGAUUGACGAGUGGGAUGCGAAGAACCGUGGGCUGGGGGAGCGAGAGCGCGCAAAGGUGGAGGACUGGCAGAAGACGGGCUUGAAGCCGGGCUAUGUCGCUGGUCUGUUGAAGGAGGAAGGGAGGGGGAAACGUGAGCGGCAUGAGGAAGCUGGUGCGGAGAGCAUGGAGUUUUGA